AUUUUUAGCUGUAGAUUUUUGAUCCACUUUUCUCCUCUUUUUUCAGUAAGUUUUUAAAAUUUAACUCCCUUGUGACCAACUACCUUCGAAACACGAAAAUAAUGUUUAUCUUUCUCUCUAUUAGAACGGUUGGAACAACCGUACAGGACACAGACUUUAGGCAUUUUGAUGCUGGAUCAACACAAAUAAAUGGGCUGCAUUUAGUUCGGCCCUCUAUCUACAUUGGGUGAUGUCAGUGCUACAUAAUCUGAAACCCAGCAAUACCAAAAACAAACAUUUCCCACACAAAAAAGUACGCAAAAACACCAAAACAGAACAGUCUGUUACAUUAUGUUGUCAGGCUUGAUGUUUAUAUAAACAUAUAUAAUCACAAUAUAUAUGUUUAUAUUGUGGUUAUUAAUAUAUUUUCUGCUGAACACAGCGGCAGUUGAUUAACUGAUUUAAACAUCUGCUCUACUGAUGACUUGGUGUGUGGGUUGUCCCACAAACUUUUUCCUCACUUGUUAAAUGUGAAACCUUUUAACCUUAUUAUCUAUGGCUGUCAUAGGGUUGAAUUAACAGCUAAAUAUUGCGUCCUUUUUUCAGAUUCUUUGCAUGAUUGUAGUAUUUUUCUGACCACCGAUAUUCCUGACUCAAUAGAUAGCAAUGGCGCGUGUGUGGCGCACAAUAAAUCACGUAAUGUCCAGUCCAGUAAUAUACAGUACAUCCAUCCAUAUAUAUAAAUGCUGCUGCCUCAGUGCUCUGUCCUUCUCUCGCACAUGCCACUUAGCAGUAGGUGUCAGGUUGCAUUGUGUUGCAUUCUAUGUUGUCGGGAAAAAUGGAUUCAUGCGCUUACUGUCCUAUUUGCCAUAACUAUUUAUUAUGCUUUGGUUGUUUUUUUCUUUGACUAAAUGUGGAUUGUAUAGCUUAUUUCGUCUAAGUUUAUAUUUAUAGUUUCAAAUCUUCUAUCUUAAAGUAGUGGUUUGUGUUUUCCAUUUUUAAGUUUUGGUUUCCUUGUGCGCAUGCGCAUCGGAGGAAUUUCCUGCCUGUUCGAAACCAGGGGAGGGAAAGCAGUUAUUUCCUGUAGACGUCACCAUAACAUCAUGAUCGUGUAUGUUAUGUCAGAGGGGUUGGGGCCAGGCUCCCAGGUACCAUCACACCUGACCAGGAUUCCCAUGGCUCUUCUCUGCCCAAACACUAACUGCAACAACAAAACAGUCAAGGGUGAAGUGAUUCAUAAAGGGCCACUUGUGACGGUAGCAACUGGUGACUUGAUCCUGAAAAUCAUCAUUCAUGAAGAAGAUACCAUGCAGAGUGUCGACUGCCAGAGAAUGUCCAUAAACCUGAUAAUUUUUGGAGCAUUAGCUGAGAGCGUCAGCCACAGAGUCAACCCAGGGGACAUACUCUGGGUGUCUGGCUUCACUGUGGGGAAAUCUCCAACAGCGAAUAAGGACAAGCUCCACCCCUGUAACUUGCUGCUGUCAGAAGAGGAUGCAUGCAUCUAUAUUUCCAAGCAGAGACCUCCUAAGCCCAGAUCCUCAUUGGCCAGCAGGGGGAGCUCCUUGACUCCUGCUGAGGAUCUCAGGACCCCUAGAGCUCCUAGGUACACAUACGUGCGGCUGGAUGAGCUGAAGAACAUGGCGGUGGUGAAUGUCUAUGGAGUGGUGGUGUUCUUCAAGCAACCAUUUAAGAGCCGUGGCACAGAUUACUGCUCCAGCCUGAAGAUCACCGAUCAGACUGAGCAUAAGAUCGGCUGCACCAUCUUCUGUGAGAACCUGGAGGACCACCCCAGAAUCUUUCAGACCGGAGACAUUGUCCGUAUGCACAGAGUCAAGGUGCACCCCUACAACAACUCCCUCACAUUAGUCAACACGUUCGGAUUCUCUGUGGUGACAUUUAGCGGCACAGUUGGUGGCGGUAUGGAGCCUCGGACAUCUAGUAAAAACUUCCAGUUGGACGAAGACGACCGGCGCACCGUAGAGGAGCUGCGGGCCUGGGCUGCCUGCCAGGCUCUGCUUUCCUCAGUGUCUGCUGCUGUCCCUCUGUCUGCCGUCCAGCCUAACACCUACUUUGACCUCAUCUGCCAGCUGCUGGCCAAAGCCUCCAUUGACUCCACCUGCACACUGCUCAGGGUCUGGGAUGGAACCAGAUGUCCUCACGCUCUGCUGAAAGUCAUUGUUGAGCCAAACAGCACAGAAGGGCCAUCUUCUUUCUCCAAACACAAAGAGAGCCACAUUGCAAACGUCCUUGUGUACGACAACCACGUGGAGUUUUCCAAACACCUAAAGCCUGGUGCCUUUUUGAGAAUCUAUAACCUCCAAGCAAUCCCGGGAUCCAGUAAAGUGCCGGACAUCACUAGCAGCCAGCCUGUGGAGUCGGAUCAUCUGGCCUUCCACCUCCACGGAGGAACGUCAUACGGGAGAGGCAUUCGGCUUCUGCCAGAAAACAGCCCAGAUGUGCAGGAACUCAGGAGAGCCAUGGAGGCGUUCUUAGACCACCAAGACGAAGACGUUUCUGAGCUGAACGACUCUGAGCUGCUGGAGGUCUGGAGCACUCCACCAGAGUUUAUAGAUGGUGAUGUGGUGGACUGUAGAACUGAGCGGUGCUGUGACCACCAACUGCAGCUGGUGACUCUGACCCAGGUGAAGCAGAAUACUGAUGGCCAGACUCACCAUGUUCGAGCCCAGAUAGUCUCUUAUGAACCCCGCCAGCUGCACCGCGCCCUCAAACUCUUCUGCUGCAGCUGUUCAGCAAUUAAGGACGUCCCAGAUGAAGAGCUGCUGGCCGGGAUCUUCUCUGAAGCAACCCGACGUCCUACAGCCUGUACUCCUCCUCCAUGGGCGCUGUCUGGACAUAUGGACCUACCAGGAGACGCCUCAGCAUCCAAACCCAGUGUUCACCUGUCCACCAAGCUCAUGACGGAGGGCAAAACUGAGCAGCUCAUCUUCCUCAUGGGGUGCUCUCUGGAGGAGACACAGCACCUGUCAUCUGCUUACCCCAACGUUGUUCCAGUGGCGCCAUCUUGUGGCCAGCUGGCCCUGCUGGACCUGACCGCACCUUUCCUGUUCAGAGGAGCAAACAGACACUAUGGGUGUAAGUGGUGCUCUGAGGCUGCAGUGAGGGAGCCGAGUGCUGCAGGAGUGGAGCAGAUCGAUGAGACGAUAAUCGCAGAGACCCUCGGCGUGCAGCCGCUGCAGCUGGUCUUGCUGUUGAAAUUGCAGCUGCAGGAUGCCACGGACACUCUGGACGUCUACCUAUGGAGACAUGCCGAGCUUUUCUUCAAUGUGGCAGCAACAGAUAUCUCAACCAAUCAGGAGGCUCAAAACAGCAUUCAUCAGACCAUGGAUACACUUUGUCCAGCGGAAGGCAGCAUAGGUGAGCGGCCAUGGCUCGACCUGUGUCUCAUGGCGUACCAGACAGAGGGUGAGGAGAGGCAGAGCCAGACCUGCUACCAGAUCUGCAAUACUGUGGUCAUCAAACCCUGCUGUAAAGGUCCAGACAAUGCACAAUGAAGCACAAUGGACCCGUCUGGACUGGACUGGACCUGAAGCACAGCACCUAACAUUCAAACACAUCAAGUGUUCUGUCUUCUGAGCUGCUUGGUGGGAAACCUGUUCCGUGCACUGAUGGGAUGCUUUCUGUUUAUUUCCAUCCCAAAGUUUUCUCCACCAUUCACCAUAGUGAUGUAAUGAUUUUCUAAUAAAAGUAUAAUCAGUCAUCUUGAA